UUCAAGAUUUGGAAAGUAGCGACGAAUCUUGACAGAGACACUUGUGAACUCUGUGUAAUCUGCAGUUGUGGCUACUAGUCGGAGGCUGACUUCGGAUUCCGGUGCGUUUGCGGAUUGGGUGGCUUCAUCUUCGGCCUCCGCGGGGGACUUAUCUCUAGGUUUCAAUGCGGGGCCCUCCGCCGCUGCCGGCGGCGGCAACGCUGGUGGUGGUGGUGGACCUAACGCGGCUGGGAUGUGGUCUUCCGCGGCUGCUGCCUCCAGGCACAUGAACUGCGGCCUUCCUCCUGAAUUCUUCUUCGUCGCGCCGGCUUCUUCCUUCCAGCACCACCACCACUCGGAGACCGCCGCCGGUGGUGGUGGUGGUGGCGGCGCAGCCACGAUCAACUUCGACCAUCAUUCACUUGGGGUUGGUGUGAUCCCUCUCCUCACAGCCACCCCUUGUAUUCCGCAGACGAAUAUCUCCGGUGGUGCUGCUGCGGAUGAAGAACUGCUCAACAACGCGCGCAACCGCGGCGGCGGCGGUGGGGGAGGGAUGCAGCUGUGGCAGCACCACCAGAACCAGGCGCAGAAUUCUUCGGCCUACUUGCUAAAACCCAUGUCUCUAGAACACACGAACCUUCUCGAAACCGGAAGCAACAACAACAAUGGUGGAAUUGGAGGGGGUUCAUCUUCCUCAAUGGGCACCGCCACGUGUCAAGACUGCGGUAACCAAGCCAAGAAAGACUGCCCUCACCGGAGAUGUCGGACUUGUUGCAAGAGUAGAGGCUACGACUGCUCCACACACGUCAAGAGCACAUGGGUCCCCGCCGCCCGCCGCCGCGAGCGCCAGCUAAUCGGCAGCGACCCCGCCGCCGCGGCAGGCUCAUCACAGUCCACCAACUCCGGCACCAAAAAACCUAGGCUCGGCGGCGCGUCUCAAACCACAACCGCUUCCCACACCUCCACCUCCAACAACACUCCCCCUAGAAGCUUCGAUACCACUUCCAGCCAUCAAGAUGGAAGUUAUAAAGAAUCAUUGCCGGGACAAGUGCGUGCUCCGGCGGUGUUCAAGUGCGUGAGAGUAACCGCACUCGACGACGGCGAAGACGAGUACGCGUACCAGGCGGUGGUGAGAAUAGGCGGCCACGUAUUCAAGGGUUUCUUAUACGAUCAAGGUGUCGAAGGAAGGGACGCGCUCCCCAAUCUAUCCGAAUUGCAUUUGGGCGGCGGCGGGGGAGGAUCAGCCGCCGGUGGUAGUGGUGGUGGCGGCGGGAGGAAUAAUGUGACGACGGCGGCGGUUAUAGAUCAUUCUGAUCACAUGUACGCCGCAGCAUCGGGUAGCGGGUUGCUUGGAGGAUCAGGACAAAGUCAAGAUGAAAAGACUAGUUGUGUUGAAUUUGGUGACACAUGUUCUUUAUGAAUUGUUUUUCUUUUUUUCCAUAUAUUAAUUAGUUAAUAAAUACUGAUCAAGUUUAUA